UUUACUCACUGUUACGAAAAUCUGAGCAGAAGAUCUACAACAACACUCUCUCAAAGUUCUACAUACCACAAUGCAUCACGAGCAAAUGAUGGUGAUAGAAGUACCACAGAAAAUUAUUGUGCUCAUACUGCUUCUAUAAACACAAACAGGGCUUGGUUUCAAGUAGAUCUUGGAAAACCAUACAGCAUAAAAAGUGUGAAUAUCUAUUACAGAAAAGAAGGUCAAUGGCAGCAAUAUAGAUUCCGACAGUUUUACCUGGAUGUCUCGGACUAUCCAGCUACUUCCACCACAACAAGUCAGCGAACCCGAUGUUACACCGACAACAGCACUCAUCCAGAUCUACCUCCAAAUAUAAUUCAGAUUCCGUGUAAACAGACGGCAAGAUAUGUAAUUGUGGAAACGAAGUACAUAUAUCCGGGUGAUCCGGGUCCAAUCCUAGAAAUUUGUGAAAUAGAAGUUAUUGGUUGUGCAACUGGAAGAUAUGGUGGAAGCUGCUCAUUAUGUUCAUGUUCCUCGUGUGAUGUUGUGAAUGGUGUUUGCCAAAAGCAAUGCAACCAAGGAUGCUAUCAAGGACAGUGUGAAUCUAAUGGUUACUGUACUAAGGGAUGUUACUUUGGUUAUUGGGGAGAUACGUGUUCAGAGCAAUGCCCAUCAACUUGCGCACAAAACAACUGUUACACAAAUGGUAAUUGUUAUAGCUGUAAAGCUAAUUACGCAGGAAAUAAGUGUGAGACCAGAUUAUGCCCAAAUUGCUAUCAACAAGUGUGUGCCUAUGACACAGGAAUAUGUAGCAAUGGCUGUGUGGCCGGUUAUUACGGAAGUUAUUGUUCAAAGCCCUGCAGCGAUAGAUGUAAUCCACGAAUAUGCGAUUCGGGUACAGGUGAUUGUACUUACAACUGCACUGUUGGAUAUUAUGGACCAAAAUGUGAAACACCCUGCAGUCCCACCUGUUCCACGUUAUCGUGCAGAAAAAGUGAUGGGGCGUGUGUAAAUGGAUGUCGAGGAGGGUACUACGGUUUACAAUGCAAACGACAAUGUAGUCAACAGUGUAAAAAUAAUACUUGUAAUUUUAGCAGUGGUCACUGUGAAAGAGGCUGUAAUGAUGGGCAUUAUGGUGAUGUUUGCUCUCAUAAUUGCAAUGCCCAAUGUGUAAAUCAUCGGUGUAAUCAAACAAAUGGAUUUUGCAGCGAUGGGUGCGUACUGCACUGGAUAGGAAAGACGUGUAACAGUUGUGUAUCAACACAUUAUGGUCCUGAUUGUGCCCUGCCCUGUAGUAAAAGGUGUAAAAAUGGUACUUGUUACAGUGAUGGGUACUGUGAUAAAGGGUGUAUGCCUGGAUAUUUUGGAUAUUACUGUGACAAUAACUGCUCUUCCUGCCCUUUUACUUGUGACAGAACAACUGGUGAUUGUUCUGGAGAAUGCCGGGUAGGUUAUUAUGGCAACGACUGUAGCAGCAGGUGUAAUACUAACUGUAAAAACGCGUGCAGUAAAGACACAGGGGCUUGUGACAAUGGAUGUGUGGAUGGAAAGUAUGGGAGUGAUUGCCAGUUAGAUUGCAGCUUUGGAUGUGAUUUAACCUGUGAAAGAAGAACGGGAAAUUGCACCUGUAAACCGGAGUGGCAGGGAUACAAAUGCAAUGAAUGCAGACCGAACUUCUAUGGUGCCAACUGUACAGAAAAGUGUAGCAGUAAUUGUCUGAAUGGGCAUUGUCAUGCUAUAAACGGCACCUGUCUUGGAGGUUGUAGAAGUGGCUUCCUUGGAGAUCAAUGCGGAGUAGUCCUCCCCCAAAGUAGUCCAUCAGAUAUCCCCGUGUCUGCAAUUGGUGCCGGAGUAGGGACCGUUGUGUUCGUUAUUGUUGCAAUUAUAAUUGUCUUUCUUUUCAUAAGAUUUAGGAGACAAAAAAGCGAUAAAAAGUCGACACCUCACGUUUCUUACAGUGGCGAUAACUUAAAUAUUUUUUCAAGAGCUGACAACAAAUUAUACACCAACAUUGGAAAUGUUUCUGUUCCAAUCGAGGAUCCAGAAGAAGAACCUCAGACAGAGAACCCAGAGGAGGCUGUGUAUUAUAACGACCUGUCUGUAGCUAAGGAUAUCGCUGUCUCAAACUUAAUGAAUGUAAUCAAAGAGAAGGAAGCAAAGGAAAAUGAGGGGUCCCUGAAGGAGUUCAAAUCACUUCCUUAUGGAGAAAGAUUCGCCUGUGAUACCGCCAAAACAGAAGAGAAUAUGCCAAAAAAUAGAUUUAAAACCACAUUUCCAUAUGAUCAUUCCCGAGUUAUUUUAGAAGUUGGUAAGGGAUUUACAUCUGAUUACAUCAACGCAAACUACAUUGAGAAUAUGGGAGGAAAAAGGGAAUUCAUCGCAUGUCAAGGCCCACGAGAGAACACUUUAGUUGACCACUGGAGAAUGAUUUGGCAGGAGCAUGUAGAAUAUAUUGUUAUGUUGACCAACCUUAUUGAGGGACCAAAGGUGAAAUGUCAUCAAUAUUGGCCAGACGAAAAAAAAGAACUUGACAUAAAUCCUUUUUCUGUAACCUUGGUAGAAGAAAAAGUUUAUGCUUAUUUCGUUGAAAGAAAAAUGACAGUACAGAAAAAGAGGGUCACCGGGUCAAGGACGGUCGUACAGUAUCACUACACCCGAUGGCCAGAUCACGGAACACCGAAUCCUUUAAAUUUGGUCGUCUUCCAUCGUCACUUUAGACACAAGAUCAGAUCAACCCAACAUCCAAUCAUUGUACACUGCAGUGCCGGAAUUGGACGAACCGGGACUUUUAUCGCCCUUGACGUUUUGUCUAGAUAUGGCAAGGACAAGGGCAAGGUCAAUGUCAUAGAGUAUGUCAAGGCCAUGCGUAAAGACAGGAUGACGAUGAUACAGAAUGUGGACCAGUAUAUGUUUCUGUACCAUGCUUUGUAUGAGUACUUCAGAAGAAAAGCGCAAUAUAGAAAGAAAGACGAAUUUCUCAGUUUGUAUAUAGAUGUGAAUAAAACAGAUACACAGAAACAACUAACCAACGAAUUCAACGAACUGAUAAGUUUAAAACCAAGAUACGAUGCCAAAGAUUUUAAGAGUGGAAAGAAGUUUUCGAAACUGAAUUUGACGAAAUCAGCAUUACCAGUUGAGCAAUACUUGGUAUAUUUGACUUCUCAUGUUCCUGGUCGAGAGUCCUACUACAAUGCAGUGAAUGUUUCCUCAUUCACCAGAGCUGAUGAGUUUAUAUCCGCGCAACUUCCUGUACCUGGUGCGGCCAUAGAUCUUGUUCGUCUGCUACUUGAUCACGAAUCAGAAUUCCUUAUCUCACUGAAUCCUUUAUCAGAGGUUAAAGAGUUACAAAGCUGGGUUGAGGAAAAAAUUGACCCUAUCAAACUAAGUCCCUUUACAAUCACUAAAGAUUCACAAACAACCCUAUCAAAAGGAGUACGAAAGACGAGCAUGAAAAUAACCAAGAAGGAGGAUAAUGAGGAAACACAUGACCUACAGAUUUUUGAAUGUCUUAACUGGAGUUUCAGUGAAAUACUUCCGAAGGAAACUUCUACUUUAACAAACCUCAUAAAACAGUUCAGCCUUGAUCGGAAAUCUCAUUCAAACAGACAUGUGACUGUGAUUUCAAAGGACGGUGCGACCUGCUGUGGAGUAUUUAUUGCUGUGUAUAACGCCAUGGAACAGCUACAGCAGGACGAUGAGGUGGACCUAUUUACUAUAGUACAACAGCUACAGUGUAGAAGACCAGAAAUGAUUACAACUAAGGAAGAGUACGAAUUUUGCUUUAAAGCAGUUUCAGAUUUUCUGAAUACAGACAGUGUUUACGCCAAUACUUAAAGAAAUACUUUGAAGACAUUACCUAGAAUGAUUUUGUAAAUUUUUCGUAAUUUAUAUAUACAAUAACAAAAUCUGUAUUAUUGUGUUAAUUCCUUAAAAUACUACGUAGUUCCAAACUUCAUGUUUUAAUAAUUUUGGAGUUCUAGUCACAUAUUUUAUAAAAACACGUCAUUUGGAAAGUUGUUAUUUUAAGCAAAAGAAAAAUUCUGUAGAUUUAAAUAAAAAAUCCGCUCUUUUACCAUACACUUUGAACAUUUCAGACUGAAAAUAUGUAUUUUUCAUGUUUUAGUAUUUUAUUUAUUUAGUUUUUUAAAGAAAUUUCUUUUUUUGUGUUUUAUUUGAUUUAUAUGAACAUUAUGCAUGUACAUUUUCAAUGACAAUAUUUCUGUUUGUUUUUAAUAACUUUUUCCAUAUAUGGAUGUUGUUAUGAAUGACAUAGUUGAUAUUUAUUUAUAUUUUCUGUUUUUUUAUUUCUCCCAGGACUGCAAUUAAAACCUUGAAAAUUGAAA